CGCGAAUCAACGGUAGACCUUUCUUACGAGACCACUCUACUCGGAUCACAAUCUUGGCGAGUGGCAAUGUGCUGAAAGACAACAACCGAAAUGAGUCGACUAGACCGAAGGAUCUAACACGUCCUCUGUCGCCAUGGAUGUAGCGUCCGCCGUCCAGAACUACAUCUCCAAGAUCGCAGGGCCCGGUGAAGGUGCCGCAGCCACUCAAAGUCAGAAGCUCAAGAUUCUACUAUUGGAUCCUGCGACUGUGUCAAUCGUCUCUACCGCCAUCACCCAGUCUGCCCUCCUCAAACACGAAGUCUUCCUCAUCGACCGACUCGACAAUGCCUCGCGCGAGCGCAUGCGCCACCUUAGAUGUCUCUGCUUUGUCCGACCCUCGCCAGACUCGAUACAGCUGCUCAUUGACGAGCUGCGAGACCCCAAGUAUGGGGAAUAUAACAUUUACUUCAGCAACAUCAUAAAAAAGUCUUCCUUGGAAAGGUUGGCGGAAGCGGAUGAUCAUGAAGUGGUCAAGGCCGUGCAGGAGUACUUUGCGGACUAUAUCGUAGUCAACCCUGAUCUGAUGUCUCUGAACCUUGGGUUCCCCAAGCAGCGUCUAUGGAGCCACAGUCCGGACAUAUGGAACACGGACGCCCUGCAAAGGACGACGGAAGGUGUGAUUGCAUUAUUGCUGUCACUCAAGAAGAAUCCUCUCAUCCGCUACGAGAAGAACAGUCUCAUGGCCAAAAAACUGGCGACUGAGGUCCGAUACCAGAUAACACAAGAAGAACAGUUGUUUGAUUUCCGCAAAACAGACACGUCACCCAUACUCCUCAUCCUCGACCGAAGAGACGAUCCCAUCACUCCCUUACUCUCACAGUGGACCUAUCAGGCGCAGGUCCACGAACUAUUAGGCAUCCACAAUGGCAGAGUCGAUCUCAGCCACGUGCCUGACAUCCGCCCGGAGUUGCGAGAGAUUGUUCUUUCGCAAGACCAAGACCCCUUUUUCAAGAAGAACAUGUACCAAAACUUUGGCGACCUGGGCGGUAAUAUCAAAGAAUAUGUCGACCAAUACCAAACCCGCACAAAGUCCAACGCACAGAUCGAAUCUAUAUCGGACAUGAAACGCUUCGUCGAAGACUAUCCUGAAUUCCGCAAACUCUCGGGAAACGUGUCGAAACACGUAACACUGGUCAGUGAACUCAGUCGCCGCGUCUCGGCCGACCUGCUCCUUGACGUGUCGGAGCUCGAACAAAGCCUCGUCUGCAACGACAACCACACCAACGACCUGAGGACGCUCCAACAACACAUCCAGAACCCAAACAUCCCGGCGGACAACAAGAUCCGUCUGGUGGCGCUGUACGCCAUCCGAUACGAACGGAACCCGAACAACGCCUUGCCCGUGCUUCUCGACCUCCUCACCACCGUCGCCGACAUCUCCCCGCACAAGUUGUCCAUCAUACCCAAGCUGCUCGCGUACCACCACAGUCUGCAGCCCGCGCCCGUGGCCGGAGGUUUCAGCGACCUGUUCGAAUCCGCGUCUUCCCCGUUCAGUCAGUUCCGGCGCAACCUCAACCUCAAGGGCGUCGAGAACGUCUACACCCAGCAUUCGCCCCGCCUGGAAAACACACUCCAGAACCUGAUCAAGGGGCGAUUGAAGGAACUCCAGUACCCCUUCCUGGAGGGCCACACGCGCGACAAGCCCCAGGACAUUGUCGUCUUCGUCGUCGGAGGCGUGACCUACGAAGAGGCCAAGAUGGUGGCUCAGGUCAACGCGUCGGUGCCCGGGGUGCGGGUCGUGCUCGGCGGGACGAGCGUCCAUAAUUCAGCCACGUUCCUGGAGGAGGUCGACGACGCCGUGGGCAGUUGGCCCGAUCAAGGCCCUGCGACGGCCCAGGGGAGGUUGGGAAGAGCCGUGGGGAGGUAAGCUGACCUCUGGGUGGACCUGGGGGGAACGUUUUGACACUGCUCGUCGUCAGUCUAGAUGGUCCAAAGAUCCUUCUGUCGUCGAGUCGUGAUUGGCAUCGAGGGGACGUCCACCUGUUGUAUUUGAAGCUCCAAUGAUGAGCCCAAACAGACGAAAUGAGAUUAAUGACCAAGAACGAUGCCAUGACGAGAUAAUUUUCAUGUUGAAUUGCUCGGGCUACUUCUGACUUCU